AUGUCCCCCCAACCGCACUGCGGCCGCAAAAGCGCCCUCCUAACCCUCCUCCUCUUCUUCACUCUCCUCCUCCGCCUCGCCGCGGCCGCCCCAGACCCAUCCCCCCUCAACACAACCCUCGACAUCUCCGCGCUCUACCAGUCCGCCGAUGCCACCUGCGUCGGCUACGAAGGCCAGUGGAACUGCCUCGCGGACAAGUUCCAGCGCUGCACGGCGGGCAAGUGGACCGCCGCAGUGUCGUGCAGCGCCGACGAGGGCACGCUUGACACCAGGGACACGACGACGAUGACGACGUGCUCGCCGCUGGGGAGGACGGAUCUGGUCGAGUUCGCGGGGGAGUGCAGUGCGGCGUGGGGGUUUGGCGGCGGCAGCGGAUGGGGCAGUGGGAGCGGUGGGCGGUGUAAUAGUAAUGGGUGCUAUUAUGGUGCUGGGGCGAAUUUGACGGUUGAGAAGUGGGUUUAUGCGUUGGUUGUUGGUGUUGUUGUUUUGGGGUUCUGGUGA